AUGAAGCUUUCCCAAUCACUAGCAUUUACCGCCAUAUUACUUUCACCUGCUUGCUCUUUUGCUCCGACGUCACAAGUCCGACCAUCUCAAGUCGUAUCCAAUUCCCGAAAUUUUGUUGCCAGUAGUGACCAAGCAGCAGUCACCGAGACAGAAAGCGUUUCCAAAGAGGAGUUGGUUGAAACUGAUGUCCCAGAGGAAGAAAUUCUUGCACGCAUUGGAAUCACCCAGGACGAGUUGGCAAUUGGUGUUAACGAGGCAGAUUUCUUGAAGUACGCUGGAACCAAAGAGGAAUUGAUUCAAAGAUUCAAAGAGGAUAAUCCAAGCUUUGACGAUGAGAGAGCAAGGACCGAAGUUACGAGAUUCAUGAUGGAUGUUGAAAUGGUGAACGCAUUUAUUCGAUUCCAAAAGGACCCACCAGACCUCUCCGAUGACGAGGAAGAAAACGUUCUACAGACAGUUGGUACAUAUGGGGCAUUCUUGAUCGGUGGUGGUUCUAUUGGAUACUUCCGUAAAAAUAUUUACGCACCGAAAGUCGAAUCUGGUGAAUGGCAAGAGUUUCACCUCCCAUGGCAAAGUGUCGGCGAAGCUGUAUCGAACGCUGCCGAUUCGACUAGCGAUUUGACAGCAAGCAUUGCCCAUCUACCUGCUGAUCAAAUAGCUAGCAUGUAA